AUGGCGUCGCAGUCGAACGAUCCUAGGCAACCAUUGGCGGCGCGGCCGUACAAGCCGUCGAUUGUGGCCCCGCAAGACCUCCCAGUUGAUUACUCUGGCUUCAUCGCUGUCAUAUUCGGUGUUUUUGGCGCCAUGUUCCGGUACACGCUGUGCUCGUGGCUCGCGAUUAUAUUCUGUGCACAAUCGCUUGCUAACAUGAGGAAUAUUGAGAAUGAUCUCAAGCAGAUCUCUAUGGCUAUGAUGUUCGGCAUUAUGGGAUUGGUAACAAACUACAUGGGCUUGGGACCUCGGUCUAGCCCAAAAAACCUCGAGUUGGAGCAUCCAUUAACAAGCCAAGAAGUAGCAAUGGCAGUCAAUGGCAAGAGACCACAUGCAUUGGUUGUGCCAUUCCCAGCUCAAGGGCAUGUCAUGCCACUCAUGAAAUUGUCUCAGAAAAUUGCCAAUCAUGGAAUUAAAGUUACUUUCGUUAACACAGAAUACUUACACGCAAAAGUACUGGCUACAAACAAUCCCUAUCUAUUUGAGACUUCUGGGCUGACCUCCAAGGCAAGAGCAGACGUGUCGAGCCAACCACCAAUUCUAGUAGUGGAAUUCAUCAAGAAAAUUCAUGACACCGCCAAUCUUUUAGCUGCAAACUCGCGUUAUACAUUUGCCUUCGCUAUAGAAGCUAAUAAUGAUUUGUACCCUUCCGUGUUGCCUAAUGGGGCCUUCGUGGUUCUAUCUAUUCUAUAA